GCUGGGCAGGAUGUCGCGGCCGCCCCCCUUGGCCCCUCAGCCCCGGAGACGACGACGACGACGACGACGACGCCGCCGCCGCGGCGUCUGAAGCGACCCCUCCCCGGCCGGGACUCGGAAGCUGGGCCCCCGCCCCCGCGCGGGUGGAGCGGGGAGACGGUGGCAGGUUUUACCAUGUGGGCAACUUGUUGCAACUGGUUCUGUCAGGAUGGACAUCCUGAGGAGACUCAGCAGCCCCAGGGAGCCAGAACACAAGCAUAUUCCAACCCUGGGUACAGCUCCUUCCCUUCCCCUACAGGCUCCGAACCUAGCUGCAAGAACUGUGGGACCCACUUUGGCAGCACAACCAGGAAGCACACGUGCUUGGACUGUAAGAAGAAUUUCUGCAUUUCCUGCUCGAGCCAAGUUGGGAACGGUGCCCGCCUCUGCUAUCUCUGCCAGCGUUUCCGUGCCACAGCCUUUCAUCGAGAAGAGCUGAUGAAAAUGAAGGUGAAGGACCUGAGGGACUAUCUCAGCCUCCAUGACAUCUCCUCUGAGAUGUGCCGGGAGAAGGAGGAACUGGUGUUCUUGGUGCUUGGUCAGCAGCCGGUGAUCACACAGGAGGACAGGACUUGUAAUGCCCCUUUCCCCUCAGGCCUCCCUGAGCAUCAGGCCUUCCUGGCCCAGCCUCAUACCAGCACAGCACCUUCUACCUCUCCCAAUCUCCUUCCGUCACCGGCACAGUCCACCUCCACUCCCUCAGCCCAGGCUCAGGAAAACCAGCAGGCUAAUGGCCAUUUGCCCCAGGACCAAGAAGAAGUGAUAUGCGUGGAGAAUGUAGCAAGUGCUCCCAUGGAGGAUGAAACACAGUCUAUUGAUUCUGAGGACAACUUGGUGCCAGGGCGGAGGGCCUCCCUGUCUGAUCUGGUGACUGUGGAGGACAUUGAGGCCCUGACUGUACGGCAGCUCAAAGAGAUCCUGGCUCGGAACUUUGUGAAUUACAAAGGCUGCUGUGAGAAGUGGGAGCUGAUGGAGAGGGUGACCCGGCUGUUCAGGGAGCAGAGAGACCUCCAGCAUUUGGUAGCUGGCACUGUAGAUCAAAAUGGGGAUCCAGCGCCAUCUAGUGCAGAGGAAAAUAUAUGUAAGAUCUGCAUGGACUCACCUAUUGACUGUGUCCUGUUGGAGUGUGGCCACAUGGUCACUUGUACCAAGUGUGGGAAACGUAUGAACGAGUGCCCCAUUUGCCGCCAGUAUGUGAUCCGAGCUGUGCAUGUCUUCAGAUCCUGAUGGCUGGAACCAGGCCCCUUCAUGCCUUAUGGGGCAAAUCGGUGCACUUGUGGAUUGACUGAGAGAUUUGCAAAGUAUCACCCCAAGGCCGUGACCAACAAGGACAGGAAGAAACCCUGGGAGCUUCCUGCUUGUCUGGUCAAUUGUGCCCUUUUCACCACCGUGUUUUCCAUCUCAGUGGUGGGAUCUGAUAGGGCUCCCUUAGCCUGGGGAUUUAUUAGCCCUGCUUGGGGCAGAAAUCAAAUGGGCUCAGUCCCUGUUUCAUACGAUCAGUUGGUGACAAUAAAUUUGUGAUGAACACAAACUUCCCAGCACUCAGACCAUGUUGGAGUACUUUUUCCUUCCUUCAAUACAAACCAUAGUUUUUAAGGAUCUUUUUCUGCAAAAUUAUCCGUCAGUAUCUGUUGUUAUUCAUCCCUCUGUGGAGAUAACUCAGUACUGAUUUUUUAAUUAUUCAGAAAUCUUGUUUUUUUCCUAUUAUGCACAUGGCUGUAUUUUCUAAGCCAUGAUGUCUUUUCCUGUCCUGUCAUAUUGUGGGGAGGCAGGGGAAGCCCUGGGACCAUGGGACCCGAACGAUGCCCACGGAGUUUGGCUGGCUCCUGUUUUGUCAUUGAGCCCUUUGUUUGGUGCCUUAAUUAGACUGACAAAAAAGCAGAAUGUUUAUGCCAGUGAAUCUUCUGCUCAUUGAAAAUGAAUCUUUGAAGGUUGUUGAGAACUUUCAACAUAAGAGUUGAUUACCUGAGUGCAUGAUGGGAAGGUAUUUGUCUCCAUAGACUUGCAAAGGCUGCCUGAUUAAGCAGCAUCAUUCCCAAGAUGGCCUUCUCAUUACUAAGUCUUCUUACCUGCUCUGGAAGCCAAAGAAACAUUUGGCUUGCACAUGAAAGAGAAAUGCUGAGUCCCAGAGAGAGAGCAGAGAACUUCCUGUGGACGUAUAUUUGCCAUGGCCAUCACUUCAAGUGUUGGUGGAAGAAGGAUCUGUCCAUUUAUUGACUUUUGAUCCAGCUGCCCAGCAGCAUCUCUUGAUUGAAAGCAAUGCCUCCUGCCAGUUCUUUGAGCUUGGUCUGCUUGCUUCUCUUGUCCUCCAGCAUCUUGAUGAGUCAUUGAGAAUUAGGCAAAGGUUCUUUCCUUUCCCAGCCAUACUCCCCAUGAAUGUAUUCAGUGGGACAGAUAUCGCAAGACAUGGACAUGGCUUCCUUCCACUUUUGGACAGGUAACAGAAAGCCUUAAAACUCCCAGGCAUCUUGGCGGAACUCCUGCUUCCAAUUUUUUUUUUCUCCUGUUGUUUCUGUUCAGUAUAAGCUGGAAAUCUGAACUGGCUGAUAGAGGAACCGUGGGGCAGUGAGCAGGCUCACUGUGUUGGCAGAGAGAGCCCAGGGACAGCAGCCUGGUUCUUCUGUCUUGAGCCAUUCUAAGGACUCUGUUUUCUCAGAGGCCUGAGUUAAUUUAGAAAGCCCCUUGCUAAUUACAGCCAAGCACAAAGCAAACCAGGUGCCCAGUGACUUAGCAGCUAUGCAAACUUAUCCACCUAGAGCCUUAACAAACCCCACUGUGCAGCCUUGAUCCUUUUCAUCGUAAAGGGUGAAAACUGCUUUGGAAGGUAAGAGGUGAAAUUGCUCUCUCCUAAGGAGAAUGGUAAUAUUGGUACGGACUUUGUAAUGAUUUCCUCCCCCCUAACUCCCUUUGGAAAGAAGAGACAAUUUCAGGAAGGAAUCAUCAGCUAAGUACUCAUUUGUUUAUUUGGACAUUAGAUCAGGUCUUGGGGAUCCCAUUCAAGAAUCUUUCCCCUUUUCAAACCUGAAUAUUUCUGAUGAAGAUUCAGUGUCUCACUGUUGCUGCUUGAAACCAGUUUACAGCCCAUAGCUGUUUAGUUGUCAAAUGACUCCACUGUGAAAUAAGUUAAUAUGUAUGCAAGUCAGUCAUCAUUUAGAAAUAAGCUCAGAGCAGGAAAAGGCCCUCUGCUCAUUUGCUGCCUUCUUUCUCUUCUGAGGUUGGUGGUAUUGUUCUACCUUCUGGGCUUAGGAGGCUUUCUUUCCAUAUCUGCAAAGUGACUCCUCCACUGGAUGAGCUGAGGCUGGGGAGCAGGCCUGCGUAACCAGCUCCCACCUUGGUCAUGAAUCAAGAGCUUCACUAAUCUUCAGUCUGGUUCCUAUCUCACAGGUGAAAGUGAAAUAGCGUUUGUUUCUCUGGGGGUGGAUUCCUGACUUGCAGGAUUAUUUUAGAAGAAUGUGACAACUUAGCUCCAUUUCUUUAAACUUUCUUGGGCUAUGAGUGAUUUUCCAUCCAGGGAAAUCCCGAUCUUGUGUUAGUAAUUUUUUUUAUUUUAAUAGAAAUUGGGGAUUUAAGACCAUGUUUGAUACCCAAGUGAGAAAUUUGAUUUUACUCCUGAAUCACAUCAUGGAGUACUUUCACCAAAAUAGCUAAUUACCCUUCUAGCAUUUUCUUUACUUUUGAUAUGAUUGCUAUGAGAUUUCUGGUUAAUGAGACUUCUAGAAAACUGUAUGGUUCACAGUCUAGUGGUAUAGAUGGAUCCAAACUAUGAAAAAGCUGUAAAGAAAUGAGUGCUUUGAGUAUGUUGUAUAAAUUUAAGUCUUUCUUGAAAGUUUUCCGAGCUGCUUGAAGUAGCUGAUACUGAGAUUCUCUCUGACUUCUAGUGGGUGUUAAAGCAAGCCCAAAUGUGUAUUUUUUGUUACAGAGUCGUGCUUUAUAAUUUUGUAAUAAAGUUUAAAUAUGAUUGAA